AUGAUCCCGGAAUCAUUAGACGGAAACAACAAUCCAUCUUUUGUUCUAAGAAGCAUUAACGACCUUGCCUUCGAGGAUCGUCCCAAGCCGGUCCUGCAGAGCCCUCAUGAUGUCCUUCUAGAGAUAGGACCCUUUGUUGUCAAAGAGCCCAUGGUACUGGGCCAUGAAGCCUCCGGCACUGUCAUUGAGAUAGGCAAGAAGGUCACUUCUCUGAAGAAAGGCGACCGCGUGGCCAUGGAACCAGGAGUAUCGUGCAGACGCUGCUCAGCUUGCAAACGCGGUACAUACAAUCUCUGCAAAGAGAUGGCUUUUGCUGCUACUCCUCCCUACGACGGCACGCUAGCCCGCUUCUAUGCGUUGCCAGAAGAUCUUUGUUACAAACUUCCAGAGCACGUCAGUCUGCAAGAAGGCGCUAUGCUUGAACCUCUCUCUGUCGCCGUACACAUGGUCAGGCAAGCGAAGGUUCGGCACGGAGACAGUGUUGUCAUCUUCGGAGCUGGGCCCAUUGGACUUCUGUGUUGCGCUGUGGCUCGGGCGUAUGGCCCUUGGAAGGUCAUUGCAGUUGACAUCCAGAAAGAAAGACUUGCGUUUGCUAGAGAGUUCGCUGCGUCCGCAACUUUCGAGUACUCUGGUGGUACGGCAGAAGAGAGCGCAGCAAGACUGAUCGAAGACAAUGGUCUUGGUGAAGGUGCUGAUGUGGCUAUUGAUGCAAGUGGGGCUGCCUCCUCCAUUCGAACGGCGAUUCACGUACUGCGUAUGGGAGGUUCCUUCGUCCAGGGAGGAAUGCCUCAUGCCGAUGUGCCUUUCCCUAUGGUCGAGGCUUGUACCAAGGAGCUUACAGUACGAGGAUCGUUCAGGUAUGGACCGAAAGACUAUGACACUGCCCUAGGAAUGGUUGCAACAGGUGCGGUCGAUGUCAAACGACUCAUUACCAAGACGGUUGCAUUUGAAGAGGCAGAGAAGGCUUUCUACGAAGUCAAGGAGGGUAAGGUGAUCAAACUGUUGAUCGCAGGACCAUCUCAGGGCACCUAG